UAGGUGAGAUUCCUAGCGGAUUCUCUCCAUUCAGAGCGCCGCCCUUUUCGUUUGAGGCAGACGGAAAGACAUACUCUUUUGUGGACAUUUGCAAAAAUCUAGGCUCUUCGCUCUACAUUUCUCCACUGGUCACCGUAAUUGAAUCGAUUGCGAUUGCCAAAUCCUUAGCCAAAGGGAGUCGCAUUGAUGUCAGUCAAGAGAUGAUCGCCAUCGGUACUAGCAACAUUUUAGGAUCGUUUGCGUCAUCGUUUCCAGUGACAUGCGCAUUUUCACGCACGGUCGUUAAUGCCGCCAGAGGCGUCCGCACGCCUUUCGGCGGACUCUACACUGGUGCUCUUGUUCUUCUGGCCAUUACGGUUUUGACGCCUUAUUUUUUCUACAUUCCAAAAAGCUGCUUGGCAGCCGUCAUCAUUUCCGCUGUUAUUUUCAUGGUGGAAGUCAGCUUAGUCAAGAUGGUUUGGAAAUCAAAAACAAUUGAUUUAGUGCCUUUUGGCUUUACGUUCGUCUUUUGCGUCUUUGUCGGUCUGUCGCAAGGCAUUUUGAUUGGCACGGCUAUCAAUCUUGGCAUGCUCUUAUACAGCACGGCUCGUCCACGGAUUAAAAUCCAUAAAAUCAAGGUAAAAAAAAGAUUCAUACUGGUGGAAUGAAGAAUUCAAAUGUUUUCUUA